AUGCCGGCCCAGAAGAAACGUAUCAGGAAUCAACAAUCUGCAGAACUAUCUCCCAAACCGCAAGCGCGAAAACGAAGCAAAACCUCAGUUUCCUUGAAGGAGCAGCUUUCACAACUUCAGGAUCAGGUGAAAGCACUCUCCGAAAAACGAAGCCUCCACGACACAGAAAUUCCUGCCACCGUAUCUUACGAUGUAAUGAGGAUGGCGGACUCUGAUCGAUCCUCCAAGGAUAUUUCGCCAUCUAUGUGGGAUACUUCAGAGAACGAUGCUUUUGACAACCGCUCGGUUGGCAGUUUUGUCUCGUAUCAAGAUCUUCCGAGUCCUUUGAAGGAACCGGUGGAGCCGGAUAUGCUCGGCGUCACCACCCCCUCACUCAACAGCCUACCCAUCGGGUCUCAGCUCAAUGCGCUCAGAAGUAUGCGCCGAUCUAGCACUCUUAGCGAGCUUGAGGGUAUCUCUCAAUCUGCGCUAGCCACGGUCACUUUGCCAGAGCCGCAAGUCCUUUGGGAACUUGUCAGCGUGUUCUUCCAAGAAUUUGAAUCCUAUUUUCCAUGCCUGAACCAGACCAUCAUUUAUGAUCGAUUGUCUAUGGUUCUAUCACUCCAUAGAUAUGACGCAGAGAACCAUCGAGUUGUGAUAGGACCUGAUAGUUGCAAGAUCAUCGCUCUCCUUUUGAAUAUGCUAGCGUAUGCCGAGUCUCUCACCCGCCCUAUUGAGUCCUGCAAGCCGCGACCGAUCUCGCAAAGUUACUUGCAGGGGCUCAAAUUGAUGCAACACUUCAAUCAACUCCACGAUGCGGACCUUGAAACCGUCAUUUACCACAUUACUUCAUCUGCCUUUCUCCUCGAAAUGUCAAUGCAUCACAUGUCUUUACAGAGCAUCACACAGGGAUUUCAAAUUGCGCUCAAAAUCGGACUCAAUAACCAAGCCCUAUGGCCCAGUGACGAUUGUGAACUGGUUUCUCGCCAGGGACUUUGGUGGACACUUUAUUUCCUUGACAAGCGCAUUACCCAGAAAUGUGGUAUUACGUACUUUCUACGUGAGGAUGAAAGUGCCGUUAACGACUUCAGCAAAGUCCACAGUGAUAUAGGCUCAAGCAAGUACGAAGUCCUGCAGAGCUUAAUCUCAUUUAGUCGCCUGUGGGCUCAUAUUUGGGAUGGUUUCUUUUCACCCCAAGCUCCAAAGGCCGAUGACUGGGAGGAGUCGCAGAUGAUGGAUACCCGGAUUGUUCUUUCCUAUCGGCAAAUACCUUCAAGUCUUCACUGGAAAUCUUCUAUGGUCGCAGAGUAUAUGUGCGUUGAAGGGGCAGCACAUAUUCGCCAGAGACUGAUCGGAUUCUUGCGAUUCCAAUCCCUCCGUCUGAGUAUCCGUCAUAAGGCUCUGACGUCUAAAGAGCAUGACAUCGAACGCCGUAAAACAUCAGUUUCAAUAUGCGAAGCAAUCAUAGAAGCAAUUCGAAGCUACAUGAUCACAACCACCUCUUUGAAGCCAUCCGGGUACAUUUUGACUACCGCAUUAGUCGAGAGUCUAUACCACCUCAUUCCAGAAGAGUGCCACUCAACCCCCGUGGUUUCAAACGAGCUUCUGAAGGGAAUGAUUUACGGUGCUAGCCAACUUCUUCAGACACUAUCCAAAUCAGUCGCAACGGCAUCCAAGGUAUACCAAUAUUUACAGGAUCUUCUGCCUUCCGACAAUGCGUUUAAACCACCAGAAGAGUUCUCAGUAUCUCCACCACGUGAAAAUUCAGUCGAUCAGAGUAUGCCACUGGACUGUUCUGCCGAUCUGGACAUAUUCUCUCAGACCUUUUGGAAAACCUUCAUGGAUCGGUCGGAACAAGAUAGAAGCCCAGCAGUACAGACGCAUUCAGAAUCAAAGAGCCAGAGCUUUAUGCCUGGCUCUAUGAUGAUGGCUGAAAGCUUACCGACUGAAGGUCUACCUUUCAGACUGGACGAACUACAAUUUCAAUUUUUGAUGGGCAUGGACCCUGAAGAAAUGGCGUUCGAGGCUCCACUUUCUCUAGAUUGUUCCACAACUGACUUCAGAGGGGAUCUUUUGUAA